AUGCUGCCCCGCUGUGCAUUCAGUGUGUGCCAUGUGUUUAUGUUGGUGCUGUGUCUGUCUGCGGCUGAGGACUUCGACUGGACAAAGAACAACCACGGCUCCUUCUAUUAUGGCACUUUUCCAGCUGGAUUUUCAUGGGGUGCCGGCAGUUCAGCCUAUCAAACAGAAGGAGCCUGGGACAAAGAUGGAAAAGGACUGAGCAUCUGGGAUGUGUUCAGUCAUAAGAAAGGCAAAAUCCAACAAAAUGAGACUGGGGACUCCUCAUGUGAAGGCUACUACAGAGCGAAGGAUGAUGUUUCUUUGAUGAAUGAGCUGAAGCUUAACCACUAUCGCUUCUCCAUCUCAUGGCCCAGACUCAUCCCUACUGGCAUAAAGUCUGACCAUAUAAAUGAAAAAGGAAUACAGUACUAUGACGAACUGAUUGACCAUCUACUGGAGAACAAGAUCACUCCAAUUGUCACUCUGUAUCACUGGGAUCUUCCCCAGGUCUUACAAGAAAAAUAUGGUGGAUGGCAGAACAUAAGCAUGGUCAACUACUUCAAUGAAUAUGCUAACCUGUGCUUUGAAAGAUUUGGUAAUCGAGUGAAGUAUUGGAUCACUUUCAAUAAUCCAUGGUCUGUAGCAGUUGAAGGCUAUGAGACAGGUGAGCAUGCUCCUGGACUGAGGCUGAGAGGAACAGGGGCAUACAGAGCUGCCCACCACAUAAUCAAGGCACAUGCUAAAGUUUGGCACACUUAUGAUACACAAUGGAGGGGAAAACAAAAAGGUCUGGUUGGCAUCUCUCUGUCUGGGGAUUGGGGUGAGCCGGUGGACAUCAGCAACCAGAAAGACAUUGAAGCAGCUGAGAGAUAUGUCCAAUUCUACCUGGGCUGGUUCGCCACACCCAUCUUUCAUGGAGACUAUCCUCAAGUAAUGAAAGACUUCAUUGGAAGGAAGAGUGUCCAGCAGGGCCUUGGGACAUCUCGACUGCCCACAUUUUCCCCUCAAGAGAAGAGCUACAUCAAGGGGACCUGUGACUUCCUGGGCAUCGGCCAUUUCACCACCCGCUACAUCACCCAAAAGAACAACCCAUCAGGCCGUAGUAGCAGCAGUUACUUCACUGACCGUGACCUGGCCGAGCUGGUUGACCCACGAUGGCCUGACCCCGGGUCAGAGUGGCUCUAUUCUGUGCCCUGGGGUUUCAGACGUCUGCUCAACUUUGUCAAGACUCAGUAUGGAAACCCAAUGAUUUAUGUGACUGAGAAUGGAGUCUCUGAGAAGAUGUUAUGCACAGAGCUGUGUGAUGAGUGGAGGAUACAGUAUCUUAAAGACUACAUCAAUGAGAUGCUAAAAGCUAUCAAAGAUGGAGUCAACGUGAAGGGCUACACCGCAUGGUCCCUGCUGGACAAGUUUGAGUGGGAUGAGGGCUACUCCGAGAGGUUUGGCUUGUACUAUGUGGACUUCAGGAAUAAAAACAAGCCUCGCUAUCCCAAAGCUUCUGUUCAGUUUUACAAACGCAUCAUCAGCUCCAAUGGAUUUCCUAAUCAGAGAGAGGUUGAGAACUGGAGGAGGAAGGCAGUUGAGACCUGUUCUUCGAGCAACCAGCUCCUGGCGGCAGAGGAACAGCGGAGUACUGCUGCCAAUAUUCUAAGACUUAUACAUGACCCUCUGACCAGCCAUAUGGAGAUGGUAACUGAGAUCGUUGUUCCCACUGUGUGCACACUCUCUAUUUUGCUCAGUGCCGUCUUCCUUAUGUUCCUGCUGCGGAGACGGAACUAGAAAGUGUGCAUGUUUACAAUAACAUCUAUGCACAUAUACACACAAGCACUUAUAUUGUACAUGCAUCAUUUC